AUGCUUGCCACGGCCUUUGCGGAUUUCGACGUUGUGAUUCUCGACAUUGAAGGGACAAUAUGUCCAAUCACUUUCGUCCACGAUGUAUUGUUUCCGUAUGCCCUGAAAGCACUUCCUAAAUAUCUCGAUGAUCAUUGGAAUACCAUCGGAUUUGCUCCAUACCAGAAAUCGUUUCCCGAAGACUGUAGAGCUGAUCGCUUGGCAUUCGAAAGCCAUGUUCACGAUCUGGUCGCCAGGGAUGUCAAGGCACCAUACCUAAAGGCUCUUCAGGGGCUUCUGUGGGAAUCUGGCUAUCAUUCGGGAGAAAUCAAGGCGCCCGUCUAUUGUGAUGUCGCUCCAUUCAUUUCAGCGGCUUACUCUGCAAGGAAGAUUCUCAUCAUCUACUCCUCAGGGUCUGUUCGGGCACAGAAGUUGUUCUUCGCGCACACGACUGCAGAACCCUCAAACUUGACACAGUUUAUCUCUGGCUGGUUUGAUACUGUCAACGCCGGGCCAAAGACGGAACCCAGUAGCUAUGCUACUAUACUUGCCAGCUACAAGGAGAUCAAACCCUCGAGGUGGCUUUUCCUAAGUGACAACCCACUGGAAGUGCGCGCGGCGUUGUUGGCAGGCUUGCGCAGCCUUGUUGUGGCUCGUCCGGGGAAUGCCCCUCUCCCCCCAGAUAGUUACUUCUCUAGCAUCGCCAUUCCAGACUUUUCUCACCAGUCCGAAACCAAAAUCAAGCAGUCUUUGGAAGCUUUGGAACAGGUUACUGAGUACUGA